ACGGCAACUGGGGAGGGCGGGGUCAUGUCUGAACUGCUGCUGUGAGUCACCGGAGUGCUGCCCAGGAAAGGCAGGGCUGGGGUGAUGACCACGCUAACGACCCAGUGGGAUUUUGCGACAUCACCUGUGUGGAGGGACUUCGUAUCUAUGGCAACUGUCACCUGGUGGAAGGGGCGGAACUAGAUUUUCUCUGCCUGGGACGCUGACAUUCCAAGCCCUUGCCCUGCAGGCUCCCGCAGGCAGACAAACCAAAGAAGGAAGCCAGGGAAUGGCCGCGGUGUGGCAGCAAGUAUUAGCAGUGGACGCGAGACUGAUAUUACAGCUGGCCCAGACUGACCCCAACAGAGCUGCAAAUUGUCUAUAUUGUCGCUAGAGUGAUCUUUUCAUCAUAACCACUAAUUAUUGCAUAAUUGCCCCCCAUCACAAUCCCAAGAGAAAUCCCCCUUUGCUGCUCUUGUUCACUCUUACCAUCCCAGUCACUGCCAAACCUUGUACCACCUCGAGCUGAUUUAUUCCCUCUGUCCUGUGCCUGCUGCCUGCCCUGCCUCCUGGACCCCACAGGUACAACGCCUACCGUACACCAACGUUUCCACAGUUUCGGACUCAGUAUAUCCGCCGGCGCAGCCAGCUGCUUCGAGAGAAUGCCAAAGCUGGCCACCCCCCAGCAUUGCGUCGGCAGUACCUGAGGCUACGGGGCCAGCUAUUGGGCCAACGCUACGGGCCACUCUCAGAACCAGGCAGUGCUCGUGCCUAUAGCAACAGCAUUGUCCGCAGCAGCCGAACAACCCUUGAUCGAAUGGAGGACUUUGAAGAUGAUCCCAGAGCCCUGGGGGCUCGAGGACACCGCCGAUCUGUCAGCCGAGGUUCCUACCAGCUGCAGGCACAAAUGAAUCGUGCAGUCUAUGAGGACAGGCCUCCUGGCAGUGUGGUACCCACAUCGGUGGCAGAGGCAAGUCGGGCCAUGGCCGGGGACACGUCGCUGAGUGAGAACUAUGCCUUUGCAGGCAUGUACCAUGUUUUUGACCAACACGUGGAUGAGGCAGUCCCAAGGGUGCGCUUCGCCAAUGACGACCGGCACCGCCUGGCCUGCUGCUCCCUGGACGGCAGCAUCUCCCUGUGCCAGCUGGUGCCUGCCCCACCCACUGUGCUCCAUGUGCUACGGGGCCAUACACGUGGCGUCUCGGACUUCGCCUGGUCCCUCUCCAAUGACAUCCUCGUGUCCACCUCCCUCGAUGCCACCAUGCGCAUCUGGGCCUCCGAGGACGGCCGCUGCAUCCGUGAGAUCCCUGACCCCGAUGGCGCUGAAUUGCUCUGCUGCACCUUCCAGCCAGUGAACAACAACCUCACUGUGGUGGGGAACGCCAAGCACAACGUGCAUGUCAUGAACAUCUCCACAGGCAAGAAAGUGAAGGGUGGCUCCAGCAAGCUCACCGGCCGCGUCCUCGCCCUGUCCUUUGAUGCCCCUGGUCGGCUGCUCUGGGCAGGCGAUGACCGUGGCAGUGUCUUCUCCUUUCUCUUUGACAUGGCCACAGGAAAGCUGACCAAAGCCAAGCGACUAGUAGUGCAUGAAGGCAGCCCUGUAACCAGCAUUUCUGCCCGGUCCUGGGUCAGCCGUGAAGCACGGGACCCCUCACUGCUCAUCAAUGCCUGCCUCAACAAGCUGCUACUCUACAGAGUGGUGGACAACGAAGGGGCGCUACAGUUGAAGAGAAGCUUCCCCAUUGAACAGAGUUCCCACCCUGUACGCAGUAUCUUCUGCCCCCUCAUGUCCUUCCGCCAGGGGGCCUGUGUGGUGACAGGCAGUGAAGAUAUGUGCGUUCACUUCUUUGACGUGGAGCGGGCAGCCAAGGCUGCUGUUAACAAGCUGCAGGGCCACAGCGCGCCCGUGCUUGACGUCAGCUUCAACUGUGACGAGAGUCUGCUGGCCUCCAGUGAUGCCAGUGGCAUGGUCAUCGUCUGGAGACGAGAGCAAAAGUAGGGUUCUGUCACCCUGUGCUGCCCACUGAUCCCUCCUCCUUCACUCCACUCCAGUCUUGCGUUAUAAAUUAAAUUCCUGUGGUUGUGUUGAAGGGCAACUCUCAGCUCUCCCACCAGGAGGCAGUAGGGAGCUCUCAGGCCUCCAGUGGAGGGGGGACCAGUUGUGCAGUGAUGUGCUCAUCCAUUCAGCAAGCACUUGCUGAGCAUCUGCUGUGAUGUAUCACGUAGACAUGCAGUCAGUAGAAGGAGGGAGGGCACCAACUGUUGUCAGGAGCUGUUCUGGGAAGUAGGGAUACAGCUGUGGCUUCAACUGAAAUUCCUACCCUGUGGGCUGGCAUCCCAACAGAGGCAAGCAUACAGGAGACGGACGUUCUGAGCUGUUCUGAGAAGUAGGGAUACAGCUGUGGCUUCAACUGACAGAAAUUUCUGCCCCUGUGGGCUUGCAUCCCAAUAGAGGCAAGCACACGGGAGACGAAAGUACAGCCAUUCCUUGGUGUAGAAUUUGCUUUAUAAUUUUUCAACUUUAUGAAUUUUUGACCUUCCAGUGGUAGCGAACCACAUGCAUAUACCCAGUUCUGGUUUUCUCCUUUCAGUAUGGUGUUCAGUAAAUUCUGUGAGCUAAUCACUUUGUUAUAAAAUAGACUUUGCAUUAGGUAAGUUUGCCUACCUGUAGAAUAAUGUCAGUGUUGUGGGCACAUUUAAGGUAGGUGACACUAAGCUAGGGUGUUCGGUAGGUUAGGUAUAUUUAUGCAUUUUCAACAUAAGACAGUUCAAGACAGAUUUGUUGGGGUCUAACCCCGUGUGAUGAAGUCACAUCUGUAUAUAAUAGAGUUAAAGAUGAGUGCUAGGAAGAAAAGCAAAGAGAUGAGCUUGCACAAAGGGGAGGGGAGGGGGCAAAGUCAUCAGGAAGCCUGUUCCCAACCGGAUGACAUUUUAAAAGAUCUGAAUGAAAUAAGGAAAGUCACAGUGUGGGGGAGGGGAGGGGGAGGGGAACAUCCCUGACAGGAAGAAAGGUUAGCGCAGAGGCAUUGAGCCUGGAAUAGUGUGAUUGGGCGGAGUGUAUGAGAUGACGGGAGACAGGUCUUUGGGACAUCUUGGGCCAUAGCGAGGAAGGAAGCUUUCCUUAUUUCCUGAGUGAGGAAGGUGAGGAGGGCUCAGACAGCAGUAGGGAAAUUAGGUGCAGAAUGUUGAGUUCAACCCCAAGGCUUUCACCAGGUUAGGCUGUCAAACUCCCCAACAUUGGCAGCUUCUGUUUGGGUGGACCCCACACUUACCUGUGCGUUGAGUUGUGUCCCACAAGCAGUGAGCAGAAGUGUCGAUUUCUUGGAGCUAGAUUAACACGCAUACAGCCAUGGACUCUGGGGCUGAGCCACAGUUCCUGCUGUGGGGUGGAAGAAACAGAAAAUCUCUAAGUUCACCCCUGUCUCCUGCCAUGUCCAUCUGGGGCCCUUAUUUCAGUCCUGGACCUGCUCAGAGACCAAAUACUAAUGUUCAUUAUUGAGUAUUGGCAAGGAGAUAAAUUACUAAAUGACUCUUGGUAAUUAGGUCAUGACGAAAUGUGAAGGUUUGAAGAAUCACCAGGAGUUCUUGCAGCUCCCAUAUGCUACUACAUUUGUAGCAAUUGGAACUUUGGCUAACAUCCUGGAACCGCUGAGUCUCGCCAACCUGGUGAUCUAUAGACCUAACGGCAGCUCUUUGAGGGAAAAAGAUAAUUUCCUAUUUGUUUUGUUUCUUGUUUAAGAGUAUGGUCACUUCCAGCCAAAACAUUUCUGACUCCAUCAGCCAGAUCUUAGGCAAAUGGUUAUUAGAUUGGAAUGUUAGUAAGCUGGACUGGUCAUUGUAGUCAAAAUCAUAUAUGUGUGCCAACAUCACUAAUCCAGCUUCAGGGUCAGUGAUUUUUCUAUAAUCUCUAUAGGACUGUAACUUACUAUAGCAAAGGGUGCCAGACAGCAAUUAAGUGCUAAUCUCGUAAGAGACCCUCCCAAGGUUAGCAGUUCAGACCUGUGCACUGACUCUUCUGUACCAAAUGAAUGCACUUAUUCAACCAAGGUCUGGAGGUAGCAACAGAAUUUGGGUACAUAACAGUUUUCUCUAACUUUCUCCUUUUCUUCACUCUCUCCAUUUUCUUUAAUGAGUCUGGUUUCGGGAUGAUUGGUGAUGAAUAUUGUUUGCAUGAUUUGGGGGGGGGGGUCCUUGUGCAAUUUUUGAGGUGGCAGAGUUGACAUUAAAUUAUCUACUUUAAAUUAUCUUGGUGACACUUUUGUCUCACAACCUGAAGGAAAAUAAACACUGAGCAAACAAGAAAGAAUAAAAAAUAAUGUUGCUGGUUA